CCGUUGAUUAAACAUUUUUUAUCUCGUCACUGAAAUUAAAUACUAAUAGAAAUUAGUAUUUAAUUGAAUUAAAUCUGUAUGCGAAUGUAAAAAUCUGUAUAAUAAAGAUAAGUCUGUAUAAACGGCAUCUCUGAAUCUAAUUGACCAUCUUUAGAAAACUCGAGAAAAUAAUAUUAAAAUUUAUUUUGAAUCCUUUUAUUAGUUGGCAUCCCUGACACAUAACAAAAACACCGGUGUGCAACGUUUUCCUGAUUUUCCAUGUAUAUUUUUUUGCAAUUUCAAAGUUUUGAUGUUUUUUACCAGAAAAUAAAGUAUUUGUUUUGGUUUGAUGAUACGUGCAUAUAACCUUGUGUUUUCAAUACAUAUUCCAUAAAUUUGUUGAAAUGCCUAGUAUAGUAAUUCAAUCAAUCGAGAGUUUCAGCAGUGAAGAUACGAACUAUCCUGCUUUAAACCUUCUAUCGAAAGACGCGCGCAAAUGGAAAUGUCGUGAUCCGGGUGAGAAAACUGUCUACGUUGUAUUACGUUUAGAAAAACCUUUAGUUAUAAAUGGAAUCGAUAUCGGAAAUGAUCAUUCUGCAUUCAUAGAAGUGUUGGUUGCAAAGAGCGGCCCAACUAAUCCGGAGUUUAAAGAAAUUCUGCUAACAUCUUCUUUCAUGACUCCAAUUGAAAGUCGAAAUUCUACUAAUGUGAAUCGUGUUCGAUGUUUUACGCAGAAUGCUCUCGUAGAGCCAGUUUCUCGUGGAAAAUGGGAUUUAGUGAAAAUCAUUUGCACGCAGCCGUUCAACAGCCGAGUGCAGUAUGGUGUUACUUUCAUUAAGCUGCACACAUCCUUUACGGAAAAGAAGGAUAAAUCAUUAGUACCCGAAAAAUUUCAACAGCAAAUAGUGUCGGAAGCUAACAGUGAAUCUGACAAAAACCACGUACAAAAGCGAACAGAAGUACAAAAGCCAGAAUUACCGAAAGUUGUAAAGUUGGGCCGAUUUAUCUUACGAGAAGAUUCACCGGAUUCGGACGGAGGGAGUACUUCAACGACCACGCUUUUUACAAGAUGGAAAGAAUCACGUGGAGAUUUAGGAACACCUAAGGUAAACAAAGAAGUCAGUAGGGGGGCAACAAUUUCAACCGCCGCUGCCAUUCGCAAUGCGUCAACUCCUUUGGCCAUCAAGGAAAACCAGUCUAAAUCUUUGGUGAAGAAAAACGUUAUAACCCCUAGAGCAAAACCACAACUGUUUGAUGACGAUAGCGAAGAUGAGGACAUGAAACCAUUAAACCGAAAUCGAGAUGCUUUGUUGUAUGAUAAGGAAGACGAAAAGUCUGACGACAAAAUGGAAAAGAAGCUGGCGGAAGAUCGAGCUCGGCAGCAGCGUGAAAAAGCUUCCAAAGAGAAUUUUUUAAAACGGGAUCGCUCGUUAUCUGAGAAAAAAGAGAAAUUGCACGAUACUUCAUCUUCAAAGUUUAAAGAUUUCCUUUCAGAAAAGCCCUCAACUUCCUCCGGUAAACAAGACACAAAAAUCAUAGAAUCUGAAAAGAUUGCAACAUCCUCUGCGCCGACUAAACCCCGCAAUGAUCCGAAUAUUUUCUCGAAGGGAAGUGAUGAUAAGACACCACGCGAGUCUAAUGAUAUUAAGAGACGAGACGAACGGAAAAAGCGUCCUUCAGAAUCACCGAAAGACAAAUUUCGUCACGAUGAGGAAUCGAAAAAAAAGAAGUUGAAAUUACAAACGAACACCGAUGAAGAGGCGAACAACGUACACAAACGACUUUUCCCAACGUACAAGCCGUUCAACAAACUGCUAGAAAAUGUCGUGUUGGUAAUCAGUGGAAUUCAGAAUCCGGAUCGAGCAAGUCUUCGCAGCCAAGCGUUGUCCAUGGGAGCUAAAUACAAAUCGGAUUGGGACUCCAGUUGCACACAUCUGAUAUGUGCAUUCAAGAACACUCCGAAAUACAACCAGGUGCACGGUCAAGGUAAAAUCGUUAAAAAAGAGUGGAUCGAACGGUGUCAUUCAUUGAGGAAACGAAUUUCGUGGCGCAAGUUUGCAUUGGAUUCGGUUGAUGCUGAGCAAUCCGAUUCGGAAGGUGAAAUUAUUGACAUCAGUAACAAAGCAUCGGGUGACAGUCAAAAAACGAAAGCCAGUGAAGACAAAGCUCCCGCAGAAACGGAUGAAGAAGCAUUGGCACACUAUGACCUGGACGAUGUGGUUAUGGUUGAGCAACAAGCAGUAGACACAUUCGAGAUAUCCGGAUCUGACACAGAGGAAGAAAUAGAGCGUGUUAAGAAGAAACAAAGUUUUAAAAAUGAGAACAUUGACAAGUUGUACGACAAAAGUACAGAGGAUGAAGGUCCGAAUUCUCCCGCCGACGUUUCAACGGAACUGAAUUUCUUCAAGGGCAAAAUUUUUUACUUGGACCCUGAAGUCGGUGCUGUCGAUGUUAUCAAGUUAGAGCGCUACGUAAAGAUGUACAGAGGUACCAUUACCGAAAAUGUUUCCGAAGCUCAUUAUUUGGUAACGCGAAACAAAAAAUCAAUGGCAGCUAGUUUUACGGGAGAACUGAUCAAACCCCUCUGGAUCUACGAGUGCCACGAUAUGGAAUGUCUCAUACCUUCCGAGCGAUACAGACUAUGAAAUGGAAUUAAAACUUAAUUAUUGCUUCAUGUAUUACAACCCGACCGUUAUGGUUCCAUAUUUAUUCGUUAUUUGUCCGAUUUUAAUCAAUACAAAGAUCUUUUCAAAACUGAA